CGUUUGGCAAAAGGACCCGAAAGCUGGAUAGCUGAGCUCGAAAGCUUGUUGGAAACUAACUUUUUGACGGAAAAACUCAUCGGACACCCGGAGGAAGUUAAAGAAGAAGAAGAAAGACGAAGACAGCAGCAGUCGGAGAGAAGCAGCACCUGUCCAGACAGACACCAUGGAGGUGGUGGUUCAAGGCAUACCAGAGGUCGCCCGAGCAGUUAUUCACAUCGACGAACAGAGUGGCAAGAACAAGUACAAACUUCUGGUUGAGGGCGACAAUCUGAGAGCUGUCAUGGCAACUCACGGAGUGAAUGGGAGUAGGACCACAUCAAACAACACAUACGAGGUUGAGAGGACUUUGGGUAUUGAGGCUGCAAGAUCCACCAUCAUCAAUGAGGUUCAGUACACCAUGGUCAACCACGGAAUGAGCAUCGACCGGCGUCACGUCAUGCUUCUUGCUGAUCUUAUGUCCUAUAAGGACCAGACCUGCUGGGAUCUGUACAGAUGUCUCAUGAGGGUGGGAGUGGUUUCAGUAAAGGAGAGCUGGAUCAGUCUACAAACACAUUGUUGUAACCAGUGUGGGAAAUCUUUCAGGCAGUCAAGUUAUUUGAAACGUCAUAUGCUCAUCCACACUGAAGAAAUUAGUUUUUUACUGUGAUAUUUCCUCAUGUUUGACAAAGUGGUUAUUAUCUUAACUGUGAAAUAAAAGCCCUCCUUAAACAUUA